CAAAAAUUGGUUUUCAAUCUGAAUAAUCACUCAAAUUCAUCUAUAAAUAGUGCAAGGAUUAACCUCAAUUCAAUUCACAAGUCAAUUGCAAACUCAUCCUCAAAUUUCAGCAACUUUAAAUUCAAGAAAAUUCAUUUAAAUUUCACAAAUAAACUCCCUGCUUCUACAACCACCGACCACCGGCGGCCACCUGAAGGCGGCCUCGCGCCGGCGUCCAGCCACCUCGCCGACCUCUUGCUCGCCGUCCUCCCUCCUCUUCCCGUCGCCCACUCCUCCCUCUGCCUUCGUUCCUCUUUCGCAGCCCCCAACUCCCUGCUCCCUCUUUCUCCUCUUCGUCGGCCCCCCUUCCUCGCCGACUGCUUCGCUGCUCCGCCCGCAAACCACCACCACCAAAACCCGCGGCUACCACCCUCAUUGCCGCCUUGCAGCACCGCCGUUGUCCCAGCCCAACCAACGAACCCAGCCUCACGCAACUCCCCCUUCCCCUCCUCCUUUCCUCGUGCCUUUUCUCUGUAAACAAGACCAACAUUUGGUCUUUAAAAACAAAAUAGUAAAUUUAAAGGAUCCAAGUUCAUAUUCCCUUGACCCAUUAAAGGAAGAAGCGGUCCUUGGAGCUCAAGAAGAACGGCCCAUCGAAAGUAAGGAAAACGACUGCUAAUAGUGGUUGAGGUACCGAAGAGGACAACGGGAUGGAUUAGUGGUGAGGACGUAUCAGUUAAAGCAAGGUUACUCAGUUUAAUAAGUGAGCUUCACUAGUUAAUUAUGUACUAAAACUCUAGCUUUAAAUUCUAAGAAUUAUUAUGGUUUGUAUUAUGACAAUUUAGUUGAUUCACGAGUCUUUUGUUUCAUUAAUCUUAGUUCAGAUUAAUAUUGAAUUAUGCGCCUUGUAUCUCUCAAUAGAGAGGUACGGCAUGUGACGCACCGACUAAACUAGGAUUCCGCUGCUAAUUAUGGAUUAUUAACUUAAUAAAAUUGAUUAGAAGUCGGGGCGUUACAGAUUGGUAUCAAGAGCAAAGGUUUUGAGACCGAAAAAUGAAGCCUUGUGGGAUUUAUGCUAAUAAAUGCACUUUAGGAACAAAAUGAACUAAUAUAGGUAAUAGUAAAGAAAUUAGAACAAUUGAAGAAUUUGAGGAUUAAGAUUGAAGAAUAAGUUCUAAAUGAAAUUAUGUUUUUUUUUUCUUUUAAUUUUUUUUUAAAUGAGCGUGAGUAUUAGGAACGGGGAAAUGGGAACGUUUUUCUUAAACAUUUUGUGAUAGAUUGCACAUGAGGUUGCAAGUGGUUAUGUAUUUGUGAAUGUCAAAUAUAUAAUUUCUUAUCUGAAGUACUUACAUGUAGAUUAUGGCUUUAAUCGGAAAUGACGCCGAUAACAUUGAACUCAAUGACGGUACUGGAAACCGUGGACCUGAAAUGACUCUUGAAGAAAUAAGGGCAAGGCUUGAUGAACUAAGAAACGAUCCCAUCUUUGGAGACGCCCAAGUCGAAAAUAAUAACAAUAAUCAAAUGGAAUUGUUAAAAUUAAUGAUGAUGGAAAUUAUACAAGGGAAUCGCCAAAAGACGAGAACUGAAGAAGAGGAAUGCUCCAACAUGUUCAAAAAGUUUGCCUCCCAUAAGCCACCUACUUAUGAUGGAAAACCGGACCCAACGGAGUUUGAGGAAUGGCUUAGCGACAUGGAGAAGUUGUUCGACGCGACUCAAUGUCCAGAUAAGAAUAAGGUGAACUUUGCCGUCUUUUAUCUAAAAGGGCAAGCCGAUCUUUGGUGGAAGAUCGCAAAAGGACUGCAAAAUGAUCCUGAAUUUGGUUGGGGUAAGCUCAAGAUAGCCAUGCGAAACCAAUUUUACCCACAAUCUCUGCAAUUGCAAAUGGAAUCGGAUUUCGUCCAUCUUAAGCAACGACAAAUGUCAGUCUUGGAGUAUGCUGUGAAAUUCAACGAGCUUUCUCGUUUUGCCCCAGAUAUGGUCUCCACUGAUAGGCAAAAGAUGAACCGCUUUGAAGGUGGAUUAAACCUCGAUCUCCGCGAACGCCUAUCUUCUUACCUGAGUAACUCUUAUCAAGAGUUGUAUGAUAGAGCUAUCAACGUGGAGAGAAUGAUGAAACUGCGAGAAGAAAUAAUUGGAAAUGCAAAGAGAAAAGGAAACACUCAUGGAGGAAAUUCAAGCCAUGGGUCCUACAAGAAACCAAAUGUUGGGAACUAUGGAGGAAAUAAUCAACACUCUAACAGGCCUCAAGUAUGCAACAAAUGCGGGAAACGUGGUCAUAUUGAAAGGAAUUGUCGAGUUGGUACUGGACAAUGCUACAGAUGUGGGGGCAAGGAACACCAAGUUAAGGAUUGCCCCCGACCGGCACCCCAAUACCCAAACGACAACAGGAAUGGACAAAAUGGCCCCAAUCGCGGAAACGGUGGUAACGGAAACUUCAACCGUUAUCCUCCGCGUAAACCUCCGCAAAAUGGAAGGGUGUUUGUGAUGCAGAAAGAUGAAGUUGAUGGAAAUAAUGAUGUCAUUACUGGUACUGAAGAGGACAACGGGAUGGAUUAGUGGUGAGGACGUAUCAGUUAAAGCAAGGUUACUCAGUUUAAUAAGUGAGCUUCACUAGUUAAUUAUGUACUAAAACUCUAGCUUUAAAUUCUAAGAAUUAUUAUGGUUUGUAUUAUGACAAUUUAGUUAAUUCACGGGUCUUUUGUUUCA